GAGGGGCAGGAAAGUUUGCCUUCUAGUUACCCUUUGGCAAAGGACUUAUUUAUACUAUGUAGAGGCCCCGGAGGAAAUUUGGUUUUAUUUGCAGGAGUGGCCACUCCCUAAAUCCAGGCAAGAAAAGGGAGGAGUCUGACCUAAUCACGCCCCUUCUCCAGUAAACUUGGGUCGCUCCUGGCUUAGCGGCAGUUUGAAGAGCCAGGAGCCGCUGCACACUCUAAGCUUUCCCCAUGGUCUCGGUGAGCAGAGCCGUGUUUGGCGAGCUGCCCUCGGGGGCAGGGACAGUGGAGAAGUUCCAGCUGCAGUCAGACCUGCUCAGCGUGGACAUCAUAUCCUGGGGCUGCACGAUCACAGCCCUGCAGGUCAAAGACAGGCAGGGAAGAGCCUCAGACGUGGUGCUCGGCUUUGCAGAGUUGGAAGGGUACCUCCAAAAGCAGCCCUACUUUGGAGCAGUGGUUGGAAGGGUAGCCAACCGAAUCGCCAAAGGAAUCUUCCAGGUGGAUGGGAAGGCGUAUCACCUGGCCAUUAACAAUGGGCCCAACAGUCUGCAUGGAGGACUCAGAGGGUUUGAUAAGGUGCUCUGGACUCCUCGGGAGCUGUCAAAUGGCAUCGAGUUCUCACACGUCAGCCCAGAUGGUGAGGAAGGGUACCCUGGAGAGUUAAAAGUCUGGGUGACUUACACCCUGGACGGUGGGGAGCUCGUGGUCAACUAUCGAGCACAGGCCAGUCAGACCACACCAGUCAAUCUGACCAACCAUUCUUAUUUCAACCUGGCAGGCCAGGGUUCCCCAAAUAUAUAUGACCAUGAAGUCACCAUAGAGGCUGAUACUUAUUUGCCUGUGGAUGAAACCCUGAUUCCUACAGGAGAAGUUGCUCCAGUGCAAGGAACUGCCUUUGACCUGAGAAAGCCAGUGGAGCUUGGAAAACACCUGCAAGCCUUCCACCUCAAUGGUUUUGACCACAAUUUCUGUCUGAAGAGAUCUAAAGAAAAGCAUUUUUGUGCAAGAGUGUAUCAUGCUGGAAGCGGGCGAGUGCUAGAAGUGUACACCACCCAGCCCGGGGUCCAGUUUUACACGGGCAACUUCCUGGAUGGCACACUGAAGGGCAAGGGUGGAGCCACCUAUCCCAAGCACUCAGGGUUCUGCCUGGAGACUCAGAACUGGCCUGAUGCAGUCAAUCAGCCCCAUUUCCCUGGUGUGCUCCUGAGGCCUGGUGAAGAGUACAGCCACACCACCUGGUUCAAGUUUUUGGUGGCUUGAGGUGUGAAGAUACGAUCUGCCCCAGGGCUGGGCUCAUAGCCUGUCUCUUGUCCAGAGAUGAAGUGAAGAUUUAGAAGCUUUGCAAGUGAUCCUAUAGAUUAGAAUCAUGCAAAUGGUAGUUGUCAUGA